AUGGCGCCGACACCCACGCCGGGGCCAGAGAUAACGGCCCUGGACAGAAUAGAGCGCAAACUCCGCGACCUGACUGCCACUAUGGUCACAAGGACCGACCUCCAGACCCUCACAGCCACCAUCCAGGACACGCUGCGGUCGGAGGUAGCAGGGAUCCGCACGGAGAUAGCAGCGCAGGCGGGCCGUAUCACCGCGGCGGAAGAGGCGGCUGCGGCCCUCACCGCCCGCAUGGCAUCCACCGACACUGCCGUGGCACGUCAGGGGGACAUGUUGCUCUCCAUACGCCGCCACCUGGAAGAUGUGGAUAACAGAGGCAGGAGAUGCAACAUCCGCGUACGCGGAGUGCCAGAAGCAGAGGGGACGGAAAAUGCAGAAGAGGUACUCAAGGAGCUAUUCCAAUCCCUCUUACAGUCACCCCAACCGCGCCAAAUAGAGCUUGAGAGGGCACACAGGGCCCUUCGGCCUCGAGCUGUAGAAGAUGGACCGCGGGACCUCACAUGCUGCCUGCACUCAUUCCCAGUGAAAAACGCUAUAAUGACCAAAGCACGAGAACAACCAACUUGGCCCUUCAGAGGGGCCCAGGUCUCCCUGUACAACGACCUGUCUCCCAUUACAAUAGAGGCCCGACGUGCACUCCGCCCAGUGACGGCGUUGCUGAGGGAACACCAUAUAACAUAUAAAUGGGGAUUCCCUUUUGCUUUGGUGGCCAGGCAUCACAACAACUGGUUCACCCUGAGAUGGCCGGAAGAAGUACCGCGAUUUAUGGGAGACCUGGGACUUCCCUCACCGACGGUCACCAACUGGAUCCUGGGACCUCUGGGCCAGCCGCCAAGACCGCAGAGAGGAACCAGACGGCAGCACGCGAGAUCACCCCCGGCACGACACUCUGGGCGACGUGAGGACCCGGCCUCCCCAGAAGAAUAA